AUGGCAGUUAUUUCACGCCUCAGCCAGCUCACGGUGCACCAGAAGCACAUGUGUGACGACCUCCUUACAGUUCUCGGCUGUCGCAACCACCCCAUUGAAUCCCCUACUAUCGACAAGACUCGCGAUGAAUUCUGGAACAGAGUGUUUGAGUCCGGCUGGAAUACAAGCAAGCCUAACAUUGCCCCUGCCCAGCUCCGCAAGCGCACCAACGACGAGAGCGCCCUCAGCAUUGGCAUGCUCAACGAAGACGUUCCCAAAAACGGCACCGUCCCCAGCCACCGUCGCGCCGGUCAGCCUGUUCUCCUCAAGGUCAGCAUGAAGAUUGACCCUCAAUUCGACGUGGCUGUCGCAAGCUUCUUCUGGGUGGACCAGCAGGGCCACCGAGACUCGGAGCUCUCCAACGCCCCCAUUGACAUUGAGGGAAAUCUCACCCUCGAAGAGGCCAGCAUCGAGGUCGGACUGCACUACGACACCAACGAGAUGGAGCGAGUGGGCAGCUGGAACUGGGCCAAGAUCGUCCACUGGGGACGCGCGCGCCUCAUCAACCUGGCCCAGGGCAAGGACAUCGUCGCCGACGAGGAUGUGGAGGAGGUCAAGCGCGUUCGCCUGGUUGAGGAGCACUGGGUACACACUUAG